AUGAAGAAAGGAAUAAAGUUUCCACAUUGGAUUGUAGUUUAUGUAAAUGAUGAUUGGCCAGAUGGAGUAGCAGUUCAUGUUGAUGGUAGAAAUCAAAAGGUGGCAUAUGAGUCAUUUACCUAUGGAGGAAUAUCAAAUAAAAGUAAAACUAUGGUUGGUACAACUGAUAAGAAUGUAAUUCAACUAUUCGAUAUUUGUAACCUAGUUACCAAUCGUCAAGAAUUCCAAAAUGAUACCCAGUCAACUAGUUUCCACAAUUGUCAAACUUGGUGUCAACAAGUGAUUGACCUUCUUCUUGAUAAUCAAUCAGAUAUAGAUGUUGUAGGUGAUGAUGAUCCAUCCCCAUCCCCCUUCUCUUCCUCUUCCUCCUCCUCAUCUACCACCACCACCACUGCUACCCAAUCCAAUCGUAUAUACUCUGUUAAAUGGACAUCAGAAUCACCAAAAGAAUUAUUCUCUAUUGAAGAUUGUUGUCAUCCAACAUUAUUUAAUACUUCUUCUUCUUGUCAAAUUUUAUAUGGUAAACUCAUAUCAGUUGAGAGACAUUCUCUACCUUGA